AUGUCGUGGAAUCACCUCCCUGCUGAACUGCGAAAUAGUAUCCUCAGCCAUAUAGCUGAGGAAUACUCGCUUUCGGGAAGAGGUUCUAAUCUUUCGGAUGCCACUUCAUAUGCCACAGUCUCUCGCGAGUGGCAAGGUUUCUUUGAAGGCAUCACCUUUCAGAAUAUCUCCCUCAUCAUCCAUGACGCUACCGACUUGGACGAUUUCGCCCGCUUCACAAGCGGUAGCAACGUCUACAGAAGAUGCUAUAUCCGCAAUAUCUCAGUCAUUAUCGUUCUGCCGCCUUACGACUGCGAGGACUGUUGUGGGCCUGAGAGUGCGGAGGAGACUGAGCGGAAUAAUAAUGUCUUCACUCAAUCAAUGCAGGCUCUUCUGGGUAUUCUCUCAACAUGGACACCAAAUCCGCAUCAACAUGGUUUGACCCUGGAACUCAACAUCAAAUCCUCUUCAGACACAGACCAUCAUUUUUAUGUUACCCAGAUUACCGACGAGUUCCGUGUGAAACACUGGAACUGGAGCCAUGAAGAUAAAUUAUUCGCGGAAAUCCGAUAUCCAGAUCACUGCAAUGAUGAAGAAGUUUGGUGCGACUCCGUCAGUACACAGCUUCGUUCUGAGGGCUGCCGUGCCUUGGAAAGAUACCUCGGGUCCCUAUUGGAAUUUACCGACCUCCGUCUACCCCGCGUCGAAGUUGUCACAUCCUUUAUGCAAAGACACCAGUUCAAACGCCAGCUGAGUCCCUGCGCACUGGGUAGGCUAAUGCAGGAAAGCUUGGUCCGGUUAUCGUCACUCAGACUAGAACGAUGGUGCAGACCAAGAGUAAAAGCAGAACGAAUGUACAUCAGGCAUUUCAAAGAGCACUUCCUCCCAUGCUUGCCAGAAAGCCUCGAAGUUUUUCAGUACUAUGCUGAGAGGCCCAUGUCUGUGAAUCUCUCAGCCAAGGGACGUGUCAAGCCGCUGUCUCUCGUCGAGCUAUUAUCCAUCGAGGGACAUCGCUUCAAGCAGAUUUCGGUUGUGGAACCGUACGACUCGACGGUUUGCUUACAGACGAUGAAGUCCAUUACAGAUGCUUCUUUGACCAAGCCACUCGUUACCGCGGGAUGGCAUAUGCUUGAGAAGGUUUGUUUUGAGUCCAAAGUAGUAGGAGGAUGCAUACAACGGAAGAAUCGGCGAAUGGAUCGUAUCGACGAAUUGUUGAAACUGUCAGCUUCUAUGGCCCAAAUGAUGCCCAACCUUCGCAGUUGGGAGAUUUAUGGCUUGGGGAUCCCGUCGCUUAUUGGAGGUUGCCAUUUCCAUUACAGCGUCCAGCUAUCAUCAUCAUCUGCUUCUAUAUCAUGGAAAGGCUGGUGGAUCAAUGGAUUAGACAACACAGGGGAAGACUUUUCGUUUUCUCCCAACGUCAAAAGCGCUUGGGACGAGGUUGCUAUUCUACAUACCGGCAAUGGCGUCACAUGUUUGGUGGAUGAGAAUCAAUUGGCCGAUGAUGACAUCGACCAUCCUCGUAUGGAAACUAUGGUUUUUGAGCUCGAUCCUAUACAUCCUUUCACAAGGCAUUUGGAUCAAUGGGGAUAUGAGGCACUGGCUACUGCAUCACAUGAUGAAUGA